GGUCAGAUGCUCCAAGGCCAAUGUCAACCUGGCCCAGGUCAGAUGCCCCAAAGUCAACCUCCAUCAUAUUCUGGACAGGGCCAAGUUCAAGGUCAAAAUGCUCAACCUGAUGUAGGAGCAUUGAUGCAGCAAAUGCAACAGAUGCAACUCCAAAUGCAGCUCCUCUUGCCACAGGCAGUACAAAACCAGUGUCAACCUGUGCCUAGCCAACUACCACCCAACCAGGGACAGUUUGCACCUCCCCAGGGACAACCACCACAAUAUAUACCUGACCAAACCCAGUUUAUGAUGUCAAUGAUGCAGCAAAUGCAACAAAUGCAGCAGGUGUUAACACAACAGCAGCAACAACAACGGCCGAUGAACAGUGGUGAUAACUCCCUUGACAGUAUGCCAUCUGUUGAUCUCAAACAACAGAUAGCCAAGGACCCUGAAGCGGCCAAGAAGAUUCUGACAGAAGUAAUAAGUGAAGCACCCGCUGCUGCCUCAUUGCCUCCCAGCCAAUCAUCUGGCUUGAAUCAGAACUUUCGUCCCAUUCAUGGUCCACAACAAGAGACUGGAGCUAACCCAACAGCAGGUGCAGCAUCUGGCAGUGAAAGUGGAGGCCCAACAGAAGAGCUACGUUCUGUAGGGUCAUUGACACCUGUUGACAAGGCAUUAACUCCAGUCCUUCGACUGCCCAAUGAUAUCAAAAAAGGGCUAAAGAUACGCCUGGACCCUGACAGGUCCUUGACAAGAAAUUGGGAGUAUAUCGCAGAAAGGAGGGGGUUGACAUAUGAGGAGAUAAAGUACAUUAAGUCUGGAAUCCCAGGCCAUUACCAUAGCUACUUCUUUGAAAUGCUCGACCAUGAAAAAUGCCAGGGUUAUAAAGUCCAAGCUCUUGAGGCAGAUUUAGAGAAAAUUCAACGUCGUGAUGUAUUACACUACCUUCGUGAGAAACAGUGGAUUGCGUGAUUGAAUGACUUUUACAUACAUCCAUGUGUAUCAAAGUUGAAAAAUACAUACAGUAAUAUUAAUAUGAAUCGGCAUGACACAUUCCAUCUUCAUUGUUAGAAUAUGGUGCUCACCAAAGGUUGAGUAACAAUGGUUACUGACUCUUUAUUUUAUGAACAUGUGAAUUAGUUGAUAUGCACUUGGGCCAUGAUAGCUUAUCAACGAUGUAUAUAUGGCCUCUUAGGGUCGGCUUAAAUGCCAAGCAAGACACACACAAGGAGUAGGGGUGGCUGAGGGUAGGAAGGGUUAGGAAAUAUUUUCACUUGGAAGAUGUUGGCCCUCACACAUAGGAACCAUUGAAGAUGUUGAUUAAAAUGUUCAAGAUUGAUGCAAAAAAGAUUGGUGAACAUGGAACUGUUUAUUGUGUAUUUCACCAACUUAUACAGUUCAUGUACAGAUGUUAGGCUUCAAAUAUAAUGCUGUUAACCUUGGUUGUGAUAUUAAUUAAACAUGUAAUUAUA